AUGCCUCAAAAGCAUCUAUUGCUGUAUUGCCUUCAUAAUUACAAGAGCAUUGAGUCUACCAACCGGCCCCACCAGCCGCCAAAAUUAAUUCAAACUCAGUCAGGUCUGUCAAGUCAGCCGACACCUACAGUUACCUCCAACUAUCGUCUUACUUUAACCAAACAGACGAAAACCGGCAACCGAACCUCUAAACUUCCCGUUGCUUCUAGGAAGCGGCGCCACUCCACUAUCAAAGCUACCACGGUACCUUUACGUAGAUCACCGCAAAGCCAAGCACCUACUACUGACUUUAUGGACACUAUGAAUAUUGCAACACCCGUUGCUCCUGCACCUACAACCACUCCCACCAGCUCCACUACCAAUAUGGUCGUUGAGCCUUCCACUAAUGCGAUCAACCCACCUGCCUUCCUUGAAGGCAUGCACCCACCUAAACCAGACGAAAUCCAUCAGUCUCCCCUGAUGCCCACUUGGAUUCAGGAGAUCUAUUCACGUCUUGCCUCUGUCACCACUCACUUGCAGACUCACGACUCACAACUACUGUAG